AUGCCCAACAGCGUUGGAAAGAGCUUUAAACCCACCCAAUACAUCCCGGUGUCCACUGCUGCCACUCUUCUCGUAGGAUCUACCACUUUAUUCUUCGUUUUUACGUGCCCCUGGCUUACCAAGGCUAUUUCUCCAGCUGUGCCCAUCUACAAUGGCAUCAUCUUCCUCUUUGUCCUUGCCAAUUUCAGCAUGGCAACUUUCAUGGACCCAGGCAUCUUUCCCAGAGCAAAUGAGGAUGAGGACAAAGACGAUGACUUUCGGGCUCCGCUCUACAAGAACGUGGAGAUCAAAGGCAUCCAGGUUCGGAUGAAGUGGUGCGCUACCUGCCAUUUCUACAGACCACCGCGCUGCUCCCACUGCAGCGUCUGUGACAACUGUGUGGAGGACUUUGACCAUCACUGCCCAUGGGUGAAUAACUGCAUUGGCCGGCGGAACUACCGCUACUUCUUCCUGUUCCUGCUGUCACUGAGCACCCAUAUAAUUGGGGUGUUCUCCUUUGGCCUGCUCUUUGUGCUCCACCAUUUGGAGACCCUGGGUGCGCUGCACACCACUGUGACUCUGGUGGUAAUGUGUGUGGCAGGUUUGUUUUUUAUUCCAGUGAUGGGGCUCACUGGUUUCCACAUGGUUUUGGUUGCCAGAGGCCGCACUACAAAUGAACAGGUGACAGGAAAGUUCCGAGGAGGAGUAAAUCCCUUCACCAAAGGUUGCUGUGGCAACGUAAAACAUGUCUUGUGCAGUCCCCUGGCUCCAAGGUACAUGGUGGAUCCCAGGAAAAAGGCUCCAGUUUCCAUUCAACCCCCCUUCCUGCGCCCUGCCCUCUCCGACAGACACAUUGCCGUUAAGGUCAGCGACAACGGCAUCCACAGCAGCAUCCUCCGAUCUAAAUCCAGAACCAGUCUGGAUGGGCUGAAUGAAAGGGGUCUGGACCCACAGCCACCAGUGCUGCCCCCAAAAGCUGAUCGUCAUAACCAGCUGAAAAACCAGUUAACCUCCAGUGAAGAGAGUUCCCUGUCCAGUAAGACUGUCAACCCAUCCACACCGGCCAUGUACAAAUACAGACCAUCCUUUGGCACCAUGCCCAAAGUCCACUACCACACAGCAGGGGAGAAGAUUUCGAUGCCGGACGACUGUAAACCGACGGCUAUUCUCGAGGAGGGCUGCAGGGCGCACGACUACCGCUCCGAGCCGAACCUCGACCUUCCAGACUAUCGCAACGCUCCCCUUCAUCGGACCUAUCAGUCCUCUCCGUUCCAACUGGACUCGUUCAGCACCACCUCCCGGUCUCUGAGCCUGAGACAGGGUCAGCGCCAGGGCGAGCGGGCUGGGUUCGGGCCGACAAAGGUGGAGGCGUUGACGUCCACCCCUCACAGGGGCGUGUUCUCACCCGGGACGCUGUCCAACCGAAACGGGAGUCUCUCGUAUGACAGCCUGCUCCACCCCAGUGUUUCCCCGGCAACUGUCGUUGCAGGGACUGAAUGCACGGCCCAUCCUGGCGUGCCUUCGAUGGGGUUCCACUCCCCAUACCUGCCUACCAAAAUGUGCCAUGUGCAGAGGCAGCAAGCCCCGCCUCCCUCUUAUAGCCCUGUACGAGUGGGUGCGAUCUAUCGCAGCCACUCCCCUCAUCCCCGAGAUCCCUCCCCUGUGCGCUAUGACAACCUCUCCAAAACCAUCAUGGCCUCUAUCCAGGAGCGCAAGGAGAUGGAGGAGAGGGAGAAGCUAUCACACAUACAUGGCCACACCCACAGCCACACCCCCAGCCACACCCACGGAGACUCGGGUGUGUUCGACACCUGCGGAGGUUAUGGACUCCCUCCAGGCACUUGCUACCCAGAGGGCCCGCUGCGAGGGGCGGGGUCACGGGGAGCCACGCCCCCAGCCUACGGCUCACGGGACAACUUGAUGGGGGCGGGGGGCGGAGUGGGGGGUUAUGGGGCACGGACGCCCGUGUUGCGCUCGGCUGGUUCCUCUCUGGCCCGGGUGCCUAGAACUUCAUCCUCUUCCCUUCACACGGACGGGAGCAGCAGCAGCAGCGUUCAGGGCCGACCCGCGGACCAGCAGUACCGAUCUCCGGCCCACCAGUCCCAGCACUCACCCUGCCCUGUCCCCCGCUCCCCCUCCUACACCCACCAGAAAGUCACCUUCAUCAGUGCCAUGGAGAGGACAGACUCCCCCCAGCUGGGUGGCCCCAGAGAGAACAUAGCUCAAGGUAAAGUCAACGGGCAACCCAAAGCCCAGACACGUGACUGCCACCUAGCGACAGCGUCCAGUACCCCCGAUACUCCCCUCAGCCCAAGCCGACACACUAAUGUCAAAAAGGUGACGGGUGUGGGCGGCACCACCUAUGAGAUAUCUGUUUGA